AUGGCGUCUUCGCUGGUUGGGAGGGCGUCGAUUCGGGGUGGUUCGGAGACGGUGCAGAUGGUGUUGUUGACGUUUUGCACGAUUGGGAUUACGUUUACAUGGGGCAUUGAAAUGACUUACUGCACGCCCUACCUCCUCAACCUGGGCCUCACCAAGAGCAACACGUCGCUCGUCUGGAUCGCAGGCCCUCUAUCCGGCCUCAUUGUGCAGCCCAUCGUCGGGGUCGUGGCCGAUGAGAGCACCUCGCGCUGGGGCCGGCGCAGGCCGCUGAUGAUGGUCGGGGCGGUGAUUGUGUCGGCGUGCCUGCUGGUGCUGGGCUUCACGAGGGAGAUUGUGGGCGGCUUCAUGGGGGCUGAGGCCGGGAGUGAUGCGGCGAGGAGGGUGACGGUUGUUCUGGCGGUGGCGGCGAUUUACGCGGUGGACUUUGCCAUCAAUAUGAUCAUGUCGUGUGCGAGGAGUCUCAUUGUCGAUACGCUUCCCAUUGAGAAGCAGCAGGCUGGAGCUGCCUGGGGCAGCCGGAUGAACGCCAUCGGCCACAUGAUCGGCUACGGCGCCGGCUCCAUCGACCUCGUCCGCCUGCUCGGCCCCGGCUUCGGCGACUCGCAGUUCAAGCAGCUAACCGUCAUCGCCGCCAUGGCCAUCCUCGGCACCACCUCCGUCACCUGCUGGGCCGUCACCGAGCGCGUCCUCGUCGCCAGCAAGGACCACGACGACAAGAAGCAGCACCUCGACGACCCCCUGAGCGUCUUCCGCCAGAUCCGCUCCACGCUGCUCACCUUGCCGCCGCGCGUACAAGCCAUCUGCUGGGCCCAGUUCUGGUCCUGGAUCGGCUGGUUCCCGUUUCUCUUCUACAGCACCACCUGGGUCGGCGAGACGUACUUUCGCUACGAUAUGCCGCCUGGUGCGAAGAAGUCGGCUGACACGCUGGGAGAUAUUGGACGUAUUGGGAGUGCGGCUUUGAUGAUUUACUCGACUGUCAGUUUUGUCGGGGCUUUCUUCUUGCCCAUGGUUGUGCGCUCUCCGGAUGAUGAUAGCUACACGCACCGGCCGCCGCGAGCAAUGGCUGGGUUCCUUGAGAAGCUCAACAGCAUGAAGCCGGACUUGUUGACGGCUUGGAUUUGCGGCCACUUGAUGUUUUCGGCGGCCAUGUUUAUGGCCCCCUUGGCGAGGAGCUUUAUAUCUGCCACGUUUCUCAUGUGUCUAUGUGGAAUACCAUGGGCCAUUGCAAUGUGGGCUCCAACAGCCUUCCUCGGCAUCGAAGUCAACAAACUCAGCGGCGCCCACGAUCCCUCCUCCAUUCUCCCUUCAUCACGCGCCUCUUCCCGCUCCUCCUCCUCUUCUUCUUCAUCUUCCACAUCGGGCGAGUUGUCCGGUAUCUACUUUGGUAUCCUCAACAUUUACACCACCCUCCCCCAGUUUAUCGGCACCUUCAUCUCCACCAUCGUCUUUGCCAUCCUCGAGCCCGGUAAGAGCCCCGAGCUGCACGAAGCCGCUGAGGAAACAGCCAGCAAGGAUGCUGGCGAAGGCACGAAUGCCAUUGCGGUUUGUCUGUUUAUCGGUGCUAUGAGUACCCUGAUUGCGGCUCGGAUGACGCAGAAGCUACGAAAGUUGUGA